GCUCGCUGAAGGGCCCGAGAAGCAGAGUCCCUCCCGCCGCCAUCAUGAUGAACAGCGGUGGGAUCGGGGUGCCGCUCGGCUUCCCUUUGACCCCGACUUCGGUGAUCCAAGUCACCAACUUGUCCUCGGCGGUGACCAGCGAGCAGAUGAGGACCCUCUUCGGUUUCCUUGGCGACAUCGAGGAGCUGCGCCUGUACCCCCCGGACAAUGCGCCACUCGCUUUUUCCUCCAAAGUAUGUUAUAUUAAGUUUCGAGAAUCAUCAAGUGUUGGUGUGGCCCAGCAUCUAACAAACACGGUUUUUAUUGACAGAGCUCUGAUAGUUGUGCCCUGUGCAGAAGGUAAAAUUCCAGAUGAAGCCAAAGCCCUUUCCCUCUUGGCUCCUGCUCCUACAAUAACAAGUCUGAUUCCUGGUGGUGGACUGCUUCCUAUACCAACGCCUCCUGUGAGUUCGAUUGGAAUUCCUCUUAGUUCACUGGGAGCUAUACCCGCAGCAGCCUUGGAUCAUAAUAUUACAGCCAUUGGAGAUAUACCCCAGCCACCCAUUAUGGGCAAUGUGGACCCUUCCAAGAUUGAUGAAAUUAGAAGGACUGUGUAUGUUGGAAAUUUGAAUUCCCAGACUACUACAGCUGAUCAGUUACUGGAGUUUUUUAAGCCAGUUGGGGAAGUCAAGUUUGUGCGAAUGGCGGGUGAUGAAACUCAGCCAACGCGUUUUGCUUUUGUGGAAUUUGCUGACCAAAAUUCAGUACCUAGAGCCCUCGCCUUUAAUGGAGUUGUAUUUGGAGACAGGCCGCUAAAAAUAAAUCACUCCAAUAAUGCAAUAGUGAAGCCUCCUGAAUUGACCCCACAAGCAGCUGCUAAGGAGUUAGAAGAAGUAAUGAAAAGAGUGCGGGAAGCCCAGUCUUUUAUAUCUGCUGCUAUUGAGCCAGAGUCUGGAAAGAGCAGUGAAAGGAAAGGUGGUCGAUCGCGCUCGCAUUCACGUUCAGUAUCCAGAUCUAGUUCAAAAUCUCGAAGGAAAAGAUCACACUCAAAACUCAGAAGUAGAUCUCGGGACAGAUCCCGCUCUAGUCAGAAGGACAGGCGCAGAUCCAGAAGUCCAGUGAAAAAUCGUUCAAAAUCGAAAGAACGGCGGAGAUCAAGAAGCCGUUCUCCUUCUCGGGAGAAGAGGAAGGAGAGCAAAGAGAGGAUCAGAGAAAAAGAAAAGAUUAGAGAGAAAGACAGAGAUAAGGAAAAAGAGAAGGAUCGGGACAAAGACAGGGGCAGAGAGAGGGACAAAGAGAGGGGCAGAGAAAGGGAGAGAGAAAAGGAGAGAACCAAAGAUAGAGACAAAGAGAGAGUGAAAGAUAAAGAGAAGGAUAGAGAAAGAGACAGAGGCAGAGAAAAGGAAAAAGACCGAGAGAAGGAAAAAGGAAAAGGAAAGGACAAAGAGGAGAAGGAGAAAGAGAAGGAAGAAAAGGGCAAGGCAGAGGAUUUAGACAAAGAAGGGGAAAAGGUUAAAGAGAGAGAAACUGAAAAGGAGGGAGACAAGGAGAAAGAUGACAAUGAACAGGUAAAAGAAAAAGAAGAUGAGGGAAAAGACCAAGAGAGAGAAAAAGAAAGAGAGAAGAGCAGUGAAAAAGAAAGAGAGAAGACUAGAGAAUUAGAAAGAGAGAAGACCACUGAAAAAGAAAGGGAGAAGGCCAGUGAAAGAGAAAGAGCGAAGGACAAGGAAGUAGAGAAGGCAAAAGACAAGGAUAAGGAAAGGGACCGAGAGAAAGAGAGAGAGAGAGAAGAAAAAAGGAAAAAGGAGAAAAGAUCCAGGACACCUCCUAGAAGUUACAGUUCCUCAAGAAGAUCACGUAGUUCCAGCAGAGAUAGACGGAAGAGGAAGAGCCGAAGUCCCUCAAAAUCUCCCAGAUCUUCCAAAAUCACAAAGAGGAAAUCUUCCCGGUCUCCAUCUCCAAGGAGAAGCAAGAAAGACAAAAAGACAGAGAAAGAAAGAGACUUGAGUAAUGAUAUAAGAGAAAAGGAAAGGUCUACAUCAAAGAAAAAGAGUAGCAAAGACAAAGAAGUUAAAGAGAAAUCGGAUAAAACCACAACUUUGAAGGAUAAAGAUUUGGGCAAAGAGAAUCAGAAUUCUGAAACCAAUAAACCAGAAGAGAACGCAGAUGUGGCAGAAGAAAUUAGACUACAGCAAAAUGGCAACUGUCAACCAAAUGAAGACAAUGUAUCGGUUAAGACUGAAGAAGUGUAGAAUAUUGUGUGGACUUGCUCUAUGGCAGAGGCAAACCCAAGGCAUUUUCUCCUGUCCCCCACAGUCCACCGAAAGAGGGAAAAAUACUGAACGGUCAACUGGACAUAAUUUAUCGUAUAUACUCCGGUUCUUGUGGCGGCUUGAUCAUCUUAAAGGCAGCAAGAAGCAGGACUGACCAAUAUGAAAUGCUGUGACAAAAACUAACAGCAUCAAAUCUGAUCAUCCAAAGGAACCUCUGUGUUUCUAUGAUGAUAAGAUUGUCCAACAGCUGUUACAAAUAUGUGGCUGUAGCCUGUACAACCCAGAAAAGCUGUUGGGGAUGCAUUGGAAAUUGUUAAAAAUACUGGUAGUUUGAAGAGUUUGAUGUUUUGCUUUAUGAAAUUUUAAGCUAAACUCCAUGUGAUAUGUUUUGAUGAUGUGCUUGAAAAUGGUGCAAAAAUUACACAUGCUUCCUUGUUGUUGUAAAUGACAGUGAUGAAAACUUUUAACCUAACACAGUUUUACAGUUGUUGUGUUUAUUGCCCUCAAAAGCAAGUGAAGAGGUUUUUUCUUCUUUUGUUGCUUGUGUAUUUCUUUUUAUAUUUUUAAGUAAUUUGCUUAUAAAUAAGUCUCGGAUCCUUCUCUCAUUAGUAGUUGAUCAAUGCAUGCUAACAUUCUCGUUCUAGAAAGAACAGCCAUGUUUAUAUUGGAUUUCCAUUCUGCCAACUAUAAUAAGCACAUAACGUAGUAAUCUCCAAACAACUGACUUUUUUGGGUAGCUUUAUUGCAAUGUCUUGGUCGCCUGCAAAUAGGACAAACACCUACAACAAAAAUAAAUGUGUUUCUUUUGAAAUGGAACAUGGGAGCACAAGCGGAUGUGUUAGUGCCUUCUUUGAAACAUAGAAUAGUAGUACCUAGUGCUUUUUAAUUCCCGGUUUGUUGAAUGCUUGAUCUUCUGGAUAGUUCCAUCACAAUAGGAGACAAAAGUUUUAGAGAUCUGUUGGUCAUGUCAUCUUUUUAUUUGGUAACAGGUUGAAGAUCUCUUUAAAUGAACUAGGUUUCAUGGCUGAAAUCACUGAUAAAAUCAUCUUACAGCCCAGUUAGUCCCUAAGUUAGUGGACCUUAUAGCAAGUAUGAAUCAAAUAGUUCUGAAUAAAAGCACUUCCUAUUAUUAUGGGCUGAAUGUCUAACAUUGAAAUCAAAAAUGUCCUUUUGGAUAUCCUCAAACGUUCAUUUCUGAUGUGAGCUGUAUAAGAAGACAUGAGUAGAAAGCAAGUUCUCAUUGAAAAACAAUUACAGAGACAGUUACCUAAUUUUUGGAAUAUAGUAUAAGACUGAUAACAGAAGUGUACACUUUAAAACAUGGUUACACUGAAAUCAGGAACCUUUUAAACAUGAUAUAAAACAAUCAAAUUGCCUUACCUCAUGGGAAAAAACAUACAGAAAAGCCAAAUAAGUAUUAGCUUUCAAGGCGUGUUUUCAAAAUUGCUGCUUAGUCAACACGUGAAUAUUUUGUGGUAAAUGGAAAACAAUUAGAGGAAAACAUGCAAAGUGAUUAAAACUAUUGAUUGUGACAUUGCUUUAUUGCCCAUAAUUUUUCUGUUGUCUAAAGGCUGUCACCCAUAUUUUUUCUUUUUGGCCUCUGUGUACAUGAAAAUUAUAAUGAAUGCUUUACCAUGUAAAGUAUGGACAGUAAUUUUUGUGAUGUUUGGCCACAUGCAGUUUCUUCUGGUAAUAAAGUGACGACAAAUCUCAAAUGCUUCUUGAAAGACUGUGAAAGACUGUGUUGGAACAGCAACUGUCAUAUUUAUGAUGUGUAAGUAGCAUAGAGCAAAGAUUGUAUACAUGUUAUCUUUGGUACAUCACUAAUAAAAUUAAGUAUUUUAGAGGGAAA